AUGAGAACUCAUCCAGGGCUCUUUGCCCGACGAUCUUGGACUUGCACCCAAUGCAGAGCGCAUUCGAGCGUUGGCGCGCAAGUACGCAAGGCCAAAACAACCAACCUACCUGAUGCCCCUGCCCGCACACGUUUUGCGCCCUCACCGACUGGAUACCUUCACCUUGGAUCUCUACGGACUGCGCUUUUCAAUUACCUUCUCGCGAAACGGACAGGUGGCCAGUUUUUGCUGCGCAUUGAAGAUACCGAUGCGAAACGAACAAUUCCUGGCGCAGAGCAAAGAUUGUACGAUGAUCUACAAUGGGCAGGGCUACACUGGGAUGAAGGUCCCGUUGUUGGUGGCCCAUAUGGACCGUAUAGACAGUCAGAACGAACAGCAUUGUAUCGAUCUCAUGCCGACAAGCUGAUCUCUGAUGGCCAUGCCUACCGGUGUUUCUGCUCCUCGGAGCGUCUCGAUUCUCAUGCGCGUCACCGAAGUCAGGCUGGACUGGCCCCUGGCUACGACAGAACAUGCGCAGACAUUUCAUCCGAGCAAUCUGCGGAUAGAGCUUCCAAAGGAGAGGCACAUGUGGUCCGGCUGAAGGUGGAGGGAUAUCCCAUGUUCAAUGACCUAGUCUACGGCAAGACUGGUCAGAAUAAACCGAACAGUAACAAACUGGACUUUAUCGAUCGAGUAUAUGAUGAUCCGAUUCUGUUGAAGUCGGAUGGACACCCGACAUACCAUCUGGCUAAUGUGGUGGAUGAUCAUUCCAUGAAGAUUACCCAUGUCAUUCGGGGAACGGAGUGGAUGUCAUCUACGCCUAUGCAUAUGGCUUUAUAUAAUGCAUUCAAAUGGGAACCACCGCGAUUCGGUCAUGUUCCUCUGCUUGUCGAUAAGUCGGGGCAGAAACUGAGCAAACGAAACGCAGACAUCGACCUCUCUUCAUUUAAAGACGGACAAGGGAUCAUGCCAGCCACUUUGGUCAACUUUGCAUCGCUCCUAGGCUGGUCUCAUACUCAAAAAUCUGAUAUUUUCAGCCUUGAGGAGCUCGAAAAGAUUUUCAACCUCAAGAUCACUCGUGGCAACACUGUAGUGGCCUUCGAAAAAAUGUGGUUCCUACAAAAAGCUCACGCCCAAAGAUUUGCCACAAAUGGGGGUCCCGAAUUUGAAGACCUCGUCAACAAAGUAAAAGCCAGCGUCGAAGAAAGUCACCCACCAACGACCUUUGCCCCUCUUCUUCAAAACCGUACACUCGCCGAAUACAUCACCCCUCUCCUUCGUGCCGAUGCCAAGUCUUACACCACGGCAUCAGACUUCACAGCGCGCAAUGCAACUUUUUUCACCACCGAGCUGAACCGGGAAACAUACAUAAGUACAUCGGCCGCAGUUCCCAUACAAGCGCUUCACACCGCAGCAGCCGCUCUUUCCCUUGUACCACCCUCCCACUGGACGGAGGAAAUGCACCGCUUCAAUAUAAACUCCUACGACGGCUCCGACGCUGUCCUGCUAUCCGAGAGUGACGCACCUGUUUCCGCAAAUAAGCUCUUCAAAAAGGAGUUGUAUCAUUAUCUCCGCUGGGCACUAUCUGCCUCGGCUCCGGGCCCUGGGAUUCCCGAGACUAUGACGAUCCUGGGUAGAGACGAGACUGUACGAAGACUUCAAGAUGCGAAAAUUUUGACGCAAGAUCUUGUUCCAUCUGUUGGAAAGCGUGUGCCCAAAUCCUCCAAGUCUCAAGAGAACGAUGAUCGUAGUUGGAUGGGGUCUCUUGCUCCUGGGAAAUAG